GAAACCACACCUUAUUGCAACGAGGGCGGGACACAGGCAGCCACACACAAGCAGCUACUACAGGAAUAGUCACUGUGCAGCAGGGUGUUAUUAUAGAGUGUGUGUGUGUGUGUGUCCUCACCAUGGACUGUCACUUUGCUCACACCUGCAUGUUACUCUAUCCGCGACCGAAAGCAAAUAAUUAAUGUCAUUCACCGCUUGGCAGGCUUGGCACACUGACAUAAGGAUCCUUGGAGAUAGAGGAAUGCAAAUCUGCAACCAUGAUGGAAGGAUUGAAAAAACGUACCAGGAAGGCCUUUGGGAUACGGAAGAAAGAGAAGGACAAUGACUCCACGGGGUCCCCAGACAGAGACAGCGGCUCUCAGAAAAAGGCUAACGGGGCCCUUAAUGGCUUCUACGAAGAUAUUGACUGGGAAAGAUAUAACUCUCCUGAGGUGGACGACGAAGGCUACAGCCUCAGACCUGAGGAGGAGUCCGAAGAGGGAGCGCCCACCACCAAAAAGACACACUUCUUUUCCUCUGAUGAGUCGGAAGGAGAGGAGGACCACAGGAAAAAAUUCAAAAUCAAGAUCAAGCCGCUGCCGUCAAAUCAUGUCGCGGCGGUGCCCUCGGUCGACGAGCUCAAAGCUUCCAUAGGCAACAUCGCCCUGUCCCCGUCUCCUAUGAAGAGUCCGAGACGUAGCCCGGGUUUGAAAAGGAACACAUCCAUUCCAGGAGAAGAGAUUGCCAGACCGAGGCGCAUCAUCCCAACUUUACCCACUGUGGCCCCAACACUACCCACUGUGGCCCCAACACCAGCUCCAGCACCACAACCCCCCAGCAGUCAACAGACACCGUUCUCUGAAGACACCACAGCCUUAUUUGGGCCUCCCUUGGAUACAGCCUUUGGAGAAUCAAAAACUGAAGUGGGUGUGUUUGAGUCCGAUGCGUGGGGGAUUCCUCUGUCAGAGCCUGAAUCCUCUUUGACAAGAUCCUUCCCUACAGGAACUCCACCUCCACUUCCACCCAAGAUUGUCCCGCCCCCCGCCCCAUCAACUGGCCCUCCCUCUGCAGAUGAUGCCGAAGUGUCCACAGAAGCCGACGCCCCCACCAGAAAGCCCUCUAUAGCGGACUUAGACAACAUCUUUGGACCAGAGCAGCCUUCGUCUGCUGGCGAGGAAACGAGUGACUCGUGGGUCAGCUUUAGUUUAGAAUCAAGUGAGCAGCGGCCUCUCCCAGAAGAACCAGUGCCUCCUCAACCAGCCUCCCCGCCUCCACCUGAAUCUCCUGCCCCACCUUUACCGGCAUCACCACUUCCUCCAGAAGACCCCGCACCACCUCUCCCAGCAUCCCUUCCCCCAAAAGACGAACCUGUACCCCCUCCCCCAAUCUCCCCGCCUCCCACAGAGGAGCCAGCUGCACUUCCUGUCCGCUCAGGUCCUCCCACACCUGAAGACAGGAUUCCUCCCACGCUCGCCACCUCUCCACCCCCUGCACCGCCGAAAGACAUUGCCUCCCCUCCCGCUUCCUCUCCCCCUCCUCUGGACUCGCCCCCCAGCGUCCCACUAGCCCCUGCUCCCAGAGCUAGCACCCCUCCAGCCGUGACUCCUCCCACUGAGCAGCCUGCAGCGUGCUCCGUCCCACUGUCACUUGUCCUGUCUCAAGAGGAGCAGGCCGAGAACACAGAAGUCACCCAACCCAAAGAGGACGGAGGGGAAACUGUCCCCUCGCCCACCGAAGCUAACCAGGGGAGUCGGAGUACGCCUCCCCCACCUCCUCCCCCCACAUAUCGAGCAGUGGUUUCAUCACCGGGUCCCACAUCUGGAGCUGGCGGCACGAAUAGCGGUUCCUCUUCUCCGGUGCGACCUUCCACUCCUUCGUCAGUCAACCCAACCCCCCCACCACCUCCACCUCGCCCCUCUUCACGGCCCAAACUUCCUCCGGGGAAACCCACUAUAGGAGAUGCAAGUCGUCCAUUCAGCCCGCCGGUCCACUCUGCCAGCCCCCCUCCUGUCGCCCCGUUGGCGCGGGCCGAGAGCACCUCCUCCAUCUCUUCCACCAACUCCAUGAGUGCCGCCACCACCCCCACCGUCAGUAAAGAGCUCUCCGUGUCCGUGUCAGAGAAUGACCAGCCAUCCCUUGUAUGGUUUGACAGAGGGAAGUUUUAUUUAACCUUUGAAGGCUGCUCUAGAGGGCCCAGUCCUCUCACCAUGGGGGCUCAGGACACUCUUCCUGUUGCUGCUGCGUUCACAGAGACGGUCAACGCCUUCUUUAAAGGAGCUGACCCAAGCAAGUGUGUUGUGAAGAUCAUAGGUGAGAUGGUUUUGUCGUUUCCGGCGGGAAUCACGCGGCACUUUGCCAAUAACCCGUCCCCCGCCGUGCUAACCUUCAGCAUAACCAACUACAGCCGACUGGAGCAUGUGCUGCCUAACCCCCAGCUCCUCUGCUGCGACACCACCACUCAAGCCAAGGCUGAUGCCAAGGACUUCUGGGUGAACAUGCCAAACCUGAUAUCCCAUCUAAAGAAGGUGGCAGAGCAGAAGCCUCAGGCGACAUACUACAACGUAGACAUGCUCAAGUAUCAGGUGUCAACGGAGGGGCUGCAGUCGAUCCCUCUGAAUCUAGCGGUGAGCUGGAGAUGUGAGCCCGCCAGCACUGACCUGAGGAUAGACUACAAAUACAACAAGGAGAACAUGACGACGCCCAUGGCCCUAAACAACGUCCAGUUCCUGGUCCCUGUCGAUGGAGGGGUGUCAAAACUACAGGCUGUCUUACCCCCUGCUGCAUGGAAUGCGGAGCAGAAAAGAAUCCUUUGGAAAAUUCCUGAAAUCUCACAGAAAUCUGAAAACGGAGGUGUGGGAUCGUUGUUGGCGCGAUUCCAGCUAACAGAGGGCCCCAGUAAACCGGCUCCCCUGGCGGUGCAGUUCACCAGCGAGGGCAGCAUCCUGUCGGGCUGCGACAUCGAGCUGGCCGGGCCGGGGUACCGCUUCUCUCUCAUCAAGAAGAGGUUUGCCGCAGGAAAAUACCUUGCCGACAACUAACCCAUGCUCCUGACAACAGCACUGUUGAACAAAACAAUGAAAGUGGCCUGAGGCUGACUCCGAGGACAGAGGACAGACCGACACCAGACCAGACUUCCCGUUGACCUUUACUGAACCCACAUGACAAACCGCAGCCUACCCAGCAGUAUUGUAUAACUUGCCUAUAGCAUCGUGGAAACUGUUUUAGGUCAUGUAAUUAUUGUGUUUGUAUUCAUUUCAUAACAUCUGUAUUGCUGCAGUGAGACACCUGGGUUCUUCCUCCCUCUGAAGUUUGUGCCUCUGUCUCCAUCCUCCUGCGGUCAAUGUGUGGUGGUGGUGGUGGUGUUGUUUUUAAGUUUCACUGCAGCUGCCUGACAGAAGAAUUUCAGCCAGAUUUGAACUCUGGGUGACAAGCUGUUUGUUGUCCAGAGUCCAGGAAGAUUUGGCUCUUAAAAAUACCCUUAAAUAAGAUCUUUGCAGUCAGAGACACACCUCAGCCUCUAACACAGGGCUAACACCCCAGAGUUAGACGAGUUUAGGUUGAAGCAGAGCCCAAGACGAUAUGAAGAAAGCUAUACGACUUCAUUAAUAGGUAGAAAAAGCCGCUAUUUAAAUAAUCCUCCUGUCAGAGUCUGAGAUGGACGCGACAGUUGUCCUCACUGUCUCGCCCUGACUGUAGCUGUUUGGCCAGCAAGUAAAUGCAACUGCGGGUGCAUCUCGACAGGUUGUCAAGAGCAAUUAGAGGAAACAAAUGUUUUUGUCAGUGCUUGAAACGGAAUCAAGUAACUACAAAAACUAAACUAGAUUUUUCAUGCAUCACCUACUGGUACUACAGGGUCACAUGACUUUGGAUCUCAUCCUUUUUUUUAUAUAAAUGCACUGAUCAGUCAAUCAAACUGUUAAUUUUAUUUUGCUUGAAAACACAAACGUGGAGACGCUUUUAGUUAGUUAGGCAGCUGCAAUGAUCAAUCAAUUUACUGGUUGCAAAAUAAGAAAAAUCUGUUUUUCCGUCAGAAAAAAAGAUGUGUAUAAAGUGUCAUUUUAAAUCAAUAAUAUAUAUCUUAAAGGGCGUUUGGUGUUCUCCUCGUAUUGUCCGAUAGCCUUUCUGUUGUUCCCAGGGCAGCAGUGAUAGACUCCAGAGUACAUGACAGCAUUCUAUUUUUAUUUAUUGAUGACGAUGAUUUGUUGUAUAAAACAUGUGAUUCUGUAUAAGAAUAGAAGUUGAAUGGUAUCACACGACUCAGAACCUUUAAAGGUAUAAAUAUUUCUCUUUUGUUUGUUAUCUGUGUAGUUGGGUAACCUGUGUACAGUAUAAGGUAUCAUUUUUGAAUUGAUUUCAGAUAUAAUUUUUUAACUCAAGUGCAACAGAAGAUUUGAGCUAUAUAUGGGUGAGGGGGGGUAAUUUAAAGAAAAAUAUAAAUAUCUUCCUGGAUGCUGUGUUAUGCUUUGUGAAAGCAGUGUUAAUGUAGAGUUAUCCCAUUAGCGAGGUCCACCCUUUAAACAAUGAAUUUGACAUUUGGGGAAAUACUUGCUUUCUUUUUCGAGAGUUAUAAAAGAUGAUCUAUACCACUUAUGUUUGUUUGUUCAACAUGAGACUGGAGCUAGGUGACGUUAAGCUUAGCAUAAAGAAGCGAUUUAACAGGUUUAACAAGGUAAAAACAUGUUAAAUAUGUUGACUUUAGACAUUUCUUAAAUUUGGUGAAGUACUACUGGUCCAUUAUUUUUGGUUUAUGAAAAAGCUAAUGGCAUUUCCGUCAGCCUUGCAGCUGAACUUUGUAAUGUGGGCAACUUUGCUAAUGUUAGCAUGUUAACAUGCUAAACUAAAAAGGGGAAACUGCCGGUAAAUAUUAUAUCUGCUAAACAUCAUCAGUUUAGCAUUGUAAUUGUGUGAAAGAGAGAGUUAGCAUUUAGCUCAAGCUAACUCUGUAGACUCUGUGGUUUACAUUUGAGCCUAGCUAACUGUUUCUCCCUUUGUCCAGUCUUUAUGCUAAACCAAACUAAGCUAAUCGUCUCAUGGCUCCAGCUUAACAUUUAACAUUCUCAUAUUUCCCAAAUGUUGAACUUUUCCUUUUUAUAUGGUCGAGACAAUAAUAACAAAAGCAAUGAGUGUUCGUCUGGAGCAGUGAUGAGGUUUGGUGACUGGUGCCACUUCUGGAACAGGAUUUGUCAACUGGGACCAGCUUGUUAGUAUUAAACCAAAUUCAUCUGAAAAUGGUUUUGUAUAAAUGCAACAGUUCCCACAUCUACCUAUUAAAUUAUUCCCUAACUUUGACCACAGUUCUGACCUGUUUCCAUUCCCCUCAGUGAUACCCGAACUCCUGAUUAUAUCAUGAGCAAAACCCCAAUCAUCCAACCAGCGCUUAAAUCCAUGGCUUUAUUUUGCAUAUUCGUAAUGGUCUCUGUGAGAUGACAUGAGUUGAAUGAGGUUGUGGUGUGAGGUUAAGUUGACCAAAAUGCUUUUUUUUAUAUAUUUUAUGUGUGUGUACCCCGGACAGUCAGUCCUCUGUUAAGGAGAAUAAGCUGAAUAUUUUUAAAACGGAUAAAAAUUUAAAAAUAUUAUAUUGUUUAAUGUGUAAUAAACACUGUGUUGAUGAUGUUGAACUUCCUGAAUGCUCUGACACUCAACACGAAGAACAAAAAGUGUGUGUGAAGUGUAGCCGAAGAGCUCCGUACUGUACUGUGUGUCGGCAUCCUGCUAAAUGCAACCAAUCAUGGUCCUUCCAGAGCCGUCAUACAAGCAUGUUAGGCUGAAUUUAGAAAAAAGGACUAUAAGCAACAUGUCAAUAUUCCGUUAAAAUUAUAGAGUACUUUAAUCAGACAUAGUUUUAAAAUAUAUGUAGUUUUUUAGCUAAUAAAAACAUCACCUUUGGGCUGUGCAGUUAAAAUAUGUAAUGUUUUAUUCCUGUUUGGACUCGGUCUAAAAUAGUACUGUGUAUUUUCAGAUUUUUCUCUGGUUGCAUUUUAGUCAAUCGAUGCACGGUGAUGAUGAUUGGUGCCAUUUAGCUCCCACAUUGGGUUAGUAACAUUUUUCUCUCAGUCAUGUCAGUCCUUCCUCUAAUGAACUGGAUGGAUCCACAUGCCUGACAGGAAGCUGUAACUAUCUGUGUGUAUUUUGAAGCAUCAGUGCAACAGUCACUACAGCAUUAUCUACAGAGACCCACCGCACAUCUCCCAUCAUGAAUUUGUUUUAAAACUACAAAAAUCACUACACGACAAGCAACAUGUCUUUCAACUUGAAAGUCGUGUUGCAGUACUACUCUCACUCUGUCUGUUGGUUGCCAGACAAUUCAUCUAGUUAAAGAAUUGUAACAGUCUUUUCCAGUUCUUCAUCUCUGUGGUGAAUUCUUCCUGCAGUAAUUCAUUGUUGCAUGCCUAGCAUGCAGUGAAAGGUGGGGCAUCUAUGAUGAUAGAUAGUACUGAAAUGACGUGUUGUGCUGAGUGUCGGUUACCUGUAUUAAUGUUGAGAAGAGAGCAGGGAGUGUGUUUAUGUGUGCUAUAAGCCAGAAUGCUUUUUGGUUCUGUACCGUUAACCUCAAACACAUGUGCAAGCUGUUUGUACAGUACAUAACAAUGCUAAGAUCAACUGAGAAACUUAGUUUGCUUCUUUCCAAAACCAAUAAAAGAUAUAACUGGA